GGUAACUUAGGAAAAAGAGAGCGAGGAAAAAAAAGAUUCUUUUUAAAAAAAAACAAAAAAAAAACCUAGGCUGGGUUCCUGCCAUGAUGUCAGAGGGAGACAAACGGACUGCCUGUUAAAUUUUAUCCCCCAGUUAGAGCUGGGGAGACAGAACUCACCUCAAAUACAGCUGUUCCCCCCUUCUGUGGUCAUGACGGCUUCUUCUUCGCACAGUGACUGUUUGGUGGUCUUGUUUGGGGCAUCCGCUGGUGGAAAUGGGGCUAAGCUGGGGUCCGAUGAGAGGGAACUAAUUCUGUUGGUGUGGCAAGUUGUGGAUCUUCCCAGCAAGAAGGUAGGGACCCUGCACAAAUGCCUGGUGAAGGCAGACAAUUUGGAGCUAAGUGAGCCGUGCCGAGAACUGACAGGGUUAACCCCCGAAAGCUUGGCCAAAGCGGAGCCUCUGGAUCGCGUUCUGCAACAGUUCAGCCAACUGGUUUCCAAUGACCUGAAGGUUCUAGGAAGCAGCUCGUACAUUUUCUGCACCGAUGGCCAACUCCUUAUUCGACAAGUUCUCCACCCAGAAGCAUCCAAAAAGAAUCUUCUGCUAUCUGACUGCUUUUAUUCAUUUUAUGAUCUACGGAAAGAAUUCCAUGACUGCUAUCCCAGCUCAGCCCCCGUGAAGGAUCAAACUAUACAAUCUAUGGCUGAAUAUAUUGGCUAUGGGAUAGAUGAAAACGAGGAGGAUUUUGGAGUAUGGCAAGUGAAAGCCAUGGUAGCCAUUGUUUUCAGCAUGCUUCCAGAUACAUGCAGUCACAGGUUUACCACCCCUGAAACAGUGAAGUACAAGUAUGAAACGGGACCCUGUAGUAAAUCAGAAGUGGUGGACAAUGAAACGGUCAUACGUGCCCGAGGGCUCCCUUGGCAGUCUUCGGACCAAGACAUAGCUCGUUUUUUCAAAGGCCUUAAUAUUGCCAAAGGUGGUGUGGCCUUGUGUCUCAAUGCUCAAGGAAGGCGAAAUGGAGAGGCGUUGGUGCGGUUUGUCAGCUCUGAACAGAGAGACUUGGCUCUGGAGAGGCACAAACAUCACAUGGGGAGCCGAUAUAUUGAGGUUUACAAAGCCACAGGAGAGGAAUUUCUGAAAAUUGCUGGUGGCACCUCCAAUGAAGUUGCCCAGUUCCUCUCCAAGGAGAACCAAGUCAUCAUCAGGAUGCGGGGUCUCCCUUUCACUGCAACGCCUGAGGAUGUGCUCGGCUUCUUGGGCCCCGAGUGUCCUGUCACUGGAGGCAAGGAGGGCCUCCUCUUUGUCAAGUAUCCAGAUGGCCGGCCAACUGGAGAUGCGUUUGUGCUAUUUGCUUGUGAAGACUAUGCACAGAAUGCCCUGAAGAAACACAAGGAGAUCUUGGGCAAACGCUACAUUGAACUCUUCAGAAGCACAGCAGCUGAAGUCCAGCAGGUUCUCAACCGAUACAUGUCAGCUCCCCUGAUUGCCACUCUUCCUACCCCGAUCGUCCCUGUCAUCCCUCCUCCUUACACCAUCGCUGCGGGCAGUGUGCGAGACUGUGUCCGCCUCCGAGGCCUGCCUUACACAGCUGGGAUUGAUGACAUUUUGGAGUUCAUGGGCGAUGCAACCGGAGACAUCAAACCGCAUGGAGUUCACAUGGUCCUGAACCAGCAAGGCCGGCCCUCAGGUGAUGCCUUUAUCCAAAUGAAAUCUUCCGACCGAGCCUUCUUGGUGGCCCAGAAGUGUCACAAGAAAAUGAUGAAGGACCGUUACGUGGAAGUCUUCCAGUGUUCAGGGGAGGAGAUGAAUUUUGUCUUAAUGGGUGGCACUUUAAACCGUAGUGGAUUGUCUCCGCCCCCUUGUAAGUUACCAUGCCUUUCUCCUCCCACCUACGCUGCUUUUCAGACAGCAGCCACCGCGGUCAUCCCAGCAGAAGCUGCUAUAUACCCAUCACAAGCCCUCUUGCCUCCAACCAGGACUCAACAAGCUGCAGCUGCAGCUGCAGCGGCUGCAGCAGCUGUCACUCCAGCUGUCACUUACUACCCCACUCAGGCGGCUCAACUUUACAUGAAUUACACCGCUUACUAUCCCAGCCCUCCAGUGUCUCCAACCACAGUUGGCUACAUCACGGCUCCUCAAGCUGCUGUGGCAGCCGCCGCCUCAGCUUCCCACACUCCUAUGGUCCCUCAAGCAGGCGCUCUUGUCCGGAUGCAAGGAUUGCCCUACAAUGCCGGAAUGAAGGAAAUCCUAAGCUUUUUCCAAGGGUACCAGCUCCAUGCAGACUCCGUCCUCCCGCUUUUCAACUUCAGCGGUCAGCCCAGCAGAGAAGCUCUGGUUUCUUUUCCCAGCCUGGACUCCGCCAAGAAAGCUGUGGCUGAGCAAAAUGGAAGCCUCUUGGGGGGCCACUGUGUGGACCUCUGCCUUAUCUAGACACCCUCCCCUCCAGUGGAUCCGAGUGCGGGGAACAAGAACAAAUCUCCUCUUUCCUCUUCAAAGCAGCCGUGUCUUCCCUGCCCAACAGCCUUUUUCUCCUCCUGGAGGACCGAGCCACAUUCCCCCAAAGCAGAUCAGCCAAGGGAGAAGGAAUGACACCUAUUCCCGAAAAAAAAGCAGGAUUAAUUGCUCAAAUAUUAUUGAGACAAACACUACUCAGCUGAACUACUGAAAUGCUGUAGAUUUUAGGGUUUUUUGUUGUUGUUUCAUUUUAUUUUUAAAAUAUAAACAACUUUGCAUUCCCCGUUUGGAGAGAAAAAUGUUUUGUUUGAAAUACAGACUUGCCAAACCUCUUUCUCUAAUUUGGAGUAGAAGGGAAUUCCGUCUCAUCAAAAAGAGAAGAAUCUUUUGUUUGUUUGUUUCCCAAAAAAGGUGUCAAGUAACAUUAUAUUUUCCUGUUCCCUUUCCUUACUUAAAAAGAAAAAAAAAUGUCCAAGUGAAAUGACAGAAUAAGCUUUUUGGUUGAAAGGUGUCAAGAUCCAAUUGUUUUUCCCGUUCCCUCUCCUUAAAAAGAAAGAAAAAAGUGGUGUCCAAAUCAAAUGACCAAAUAAGCUUUUCAGUUUUUAAUUUUUGUUUUGUGAGGUAGAAUCCAAGUAAGUAAAGCCAUAUCUAAUUUUCAAACUGCCAACCUGUAAACUAAAACAAAAGUAGAAUCUUAGUAGGACAAUGACGGCACGUAAACACUGAGGACUAGUAAAUUAUAUAUGUUGUUUUAUUUAAACAUCAUAGUGCUCAAAUACUGUAUUUUGUUCUUGCUCUAGUUCACAUGCAUGCCAUUUGUUUACAAUAUUCAUUUGUAUAUUAUGACACAGCAAAGAAGUUGAAAUUUAAGUCUAAUUAGUGCAUGUUUUUUUUUAAAUAUAUGUAUAUACAUGUUCAAAGAACAUAGUUUUAUGUUUGUAGUGUGUGCCGAAACAUCUGUUGUACAAGCACUAAAUAAUUUUGGUUUUUAACUGUGCCUUGAUCAGGAUUCUUUCGAAAUGUGCAAUAACAACGGAGGAAACCAGACUGAGUCAAAUUGGACUCUUGGGUACCUGUGAAUGCAGGGAUUUUGUUUUUUUGUUUUUUUGUUAAAGAACUCUUGAGUAGUACUUAAAAGGGGAUCAGACGUGCCCGGCCUUGAAUUGAUAUAUGCUUCUUUAUAUGAUAAGAAAUAAAAGACGCUUGCAGGAAAAUG